AUGACGGUCGCCGCGGACACCUCCAUCCAGUUCGUCAAGGGCACCAACGAGACCUCCGUCCCUGACGUCAAGCUCACCCGCAGCAAGGACGGCACCAACGGCACCGCGUUCUUCUGGUUCUCCGAGCCCGACGUCUUCGAGGCCACCGAGCUCGAGGGAGAGAUCACCGGCAUGUUCCUCAUCGAUCAGGAGGGCGAGCUCUCCACCGUGGACGUCAACGCCAAGUUCCUGAACGGCAAGCCCCAGGGCAUCGAGGCGACGUACGUGAUGAAGAGCACCAACGAGUGGAACAGGUUCAUGAGGUUCAUGGAGAGGUACGCCGAGGACAACGGACUCGGGUUCGCCGCCAAGAAGUGA